AUGACUUUGAUAGUGGCUACCUUAUUCUUGCCAUAUACAGUGCACUUUGAGAUUGAGAACACUUCCUCGGAUUUGGAUGAACCGUCCGACAAGCUCAGUGAGGUUGCUCUUGCCUUCCCCAGACCGUCAGGGUCCCGCACCGAAAGCUUUCUGGCAACUUCCAAGAGAACCAGCCUGUCAAUUUUGCCGUCGAUGAACUCUUCCGGAUUUCUUGGUGGCUCUAACUCGCCUCAAAGAAGUAUUACACCCGAUGUUUCAUCUGCUGCUACUACUUCCCAAAAUAGCAACCCGGAUGCGGAGAAGGGCAAUGGAGUUUUUGACUCAAACAGCGACUUUGUUAACGGAACUACCUCUGUUGAAGAUUUCUUCUACUCUAAUCCGGUUGCUCGAAAGAGUAACAUAGGAUUGGUUGCUUUGAACGACGAGAAGUCGGAAAUCUACAAGCCGUCUGAGAGGAACGAUGCCAAGAGAGGACCUUCAUCGUUGAGAAUAUCGUCAACGAACCCGGACGGAACUACUGUUUACUCCUCUACGACCUAUAUUCAGCCCAAAUCGCAAGCCACGGCACCCGUGAAGUCGUCGGUGGUGGAUAGAGGCAUGAACAAGGAUCCCACUUUGUCCUCGAUGAGAGUGAGUAGACCAAGUACAUUGCUCAGAAGAUCCUCCAAUGUUGGAAACUUGACUUCCAGAUCUGAUCAGGCUGCCCAGAAUCGCGAACAGGCUCAAAAAAGCAGCUCCCAAUCGUAUGUUUUCGACAAAGUUGCUCCUUAUGGCGGGCUGUCAAAACCCGACCUAAAGGAAUUCCUUAUCCACCCGGAGAACGUAUUUGAAACAGCACCAUGGACGGUAACAGACUUUGACAAGGGCAAUGGAAGUUUGAAAAAUGCAGUCAGAACUGCCAGACAGACCAAACUAGUGGAGAAAGCCACUUGGGUGGGUGCUCUGGGAAUGCCCUGCGAUGUUGUUCCCGAGACUACUAAGACCAAAAUAGCCAAACAAAUGCGCCUGGGCUACAACUCAGAGGCCAUUUUUUUGAAGGAUUCAGACUUUGAUGGUCAUUAUAGGAGCUUUUGCAAGCAGAUACUAUGGCCCACACUGCAUUACCAAAUCCCUGAUGAUCCCAAGUCGAAGGCAUUUGAGGAAGACUCCUGGGUCGACUAUAAGAAGGUGAACCAGGAGUUUGCAGACAAGAUAAUUGAGGUAUAUAACGAAGGAGACACCAUCUGGGUUCACGAUUACCAUCUUUUGCUGGUGCCCAAAAUGGUUCGCGAGAAGUUGCCUGAUGCCAAGAUUGGCUUCUUCUUGCACGUUUCUUUCCCAUCUUCAGAAGUGUUUCGUUGUUUCGCACAGAGAAAGUCUUUGCUCGAAGGAAUGUUGGGUGCGAACACUAUCACGUUCCAGACUGAGGAGUAUGUGAGACAUUUCUUCCAGACUUGUAACAGAAUUCUCCUGGCCGACUUUACUCAUGAUGGAAUUCUUUACAACAACACCACCAUCAAAGUGAAUACACACCCCAUAGGAAUUGAUGCCAAAUCUCUGAUGAAAACUUUGGCCAGUCCUGAGGUCACUGAAUGGAAGAAGCUCAUCAAGCAAAGAUGGCGCAACAAGCGACUGAUUGUGAGCAGAGAUAAACUGGACAAGAUUAGAGGAACAAAGCAGAAAUUGCUGGCCUACGAGAAGUUUUUGACGGAAAAUCCCGAGUAUUUGGACAACACAAUGAUGAUUGUGGUGUGCUUGAAGGGCAAGAGCGGUGACGAUGACCUGGAGACUGAGAUCUUAAGAAUCGUCGAGAGGAUAAACUCAAAGACCAAAAACAUAUCUUCGGACAAGCCGGUGGUGUAUUUGAACCAGGAUAUAGACUUUGAACAAUAUCUGGCGUUGCUGUCGGAAGCAGCUACCUUUAUUGUUUCAAGCAUGAGAGAAGGCAUGAAUUUGACGUGUCAUGAGUUCAUUGUUGCUACCAAUGAAAAGCACUCUCCUCUGAUAUUGUCCGAGUUUACUGGGUCUGCUUCGGUUUUGGUGAAUGGCCCUCUUCUGAUCAACCCAUGGGACAUCAAGGAAGUGGCAUACCGUAUAAAGCAGGCAUUGGCCAUGUCUGAAGAGGAGAAAUUGCAACGGUGGACUCAGUCGUUCAAUGUGGUGAAAAAUCAGGAUUCUCAGAGAUGGCUACAGGAUUGUCUAACAUCUAUUGAGCAGGCAUGGGGUGAACAGCAGCAGAGAAGGAACUUCCAUGUGAAAUGUCUAACCCAGAAAGCUUUCAAUGAGAGGUACAAUAGAGUGAGUUCAGAAAAGCGUCUUAUUAUCCUUGACCUGGGCAGUUUGACCUCAACUGUGAGUGUUCAAGGCUCCAUUAUAAAUCCAGUUCAGAUUCAGAGAGUGCUGAAGACUCUCUCAGAUCUAGUCUCGGAUCCCCAGAACGUGGUUUAUGUCACCAGUCAUUUGAAAAGAGCUGAUCUCACCCGAAAGUACAGAACUGUUUCCAAUCUGGGGCUGAUCGCUGAAAAUGGUGGUUAUAUCAAACCCCCACAAAGUAAUCAUUGGAUUUCCAUCGUUGAGGAGCACGAGUUCCAGUGGAUACCUUCAGUUGUGGAAGUUAUGGAGGCCGUUUCCGAGAGACUACAUGGUUCAACCAUUGAAGUUGAAGAUUGCACUGUGAGAUUUCAUACAGAAAAAAUUACUGAUGUUGAUGAGGAGCACCAGAUGUCUCUGGUUGGUGAUCUGAUUACCCACAUUAACGAUCUGUUCUCAAAGGAGAACGUGCACGCAUCUUUGGUCGAUAAAAUUGUCGUUAUACAGGAAGCUAAUUUGGCCAAAAGGUCUUUGGAGUAUAUCAUAAGCACCAUCAACAAAAGUGAUGAGCACAAGUUUAUUGGUUCUAUUUUGCCUCAAUCGCCUUCCGAGAAGAUUGGAUUGCUGUUGAUAGUUGGUGGAUCGAGACCCGUGGACGAACAAUUGUUCAUCUUUGGAGACGAAUUAGCGGAAGACCACAAAGUUGACGAUACUCUCACCAUACAAAUUGGCUCUAUCACACAAUCUGUGGCCUCCGAGAGACUAGAGGGCUUCAACGAGUUCCUGACGGUGAUUGCAAGCACUAAGAACUAG